GAAUGGCAUGACAUGGCAUGGCAUUGCAUAGGCCGCGGAAACGGUAAACGGUCCGGACCGAGAAGAGAAAGGGAAUGGCAGGGUCGUGAUGUCAUGUGGUCAACCAACCACCUUGCAUUGCAGCGUAUGGGCUGCCUCUGUCUCCCCGGCCAGCGAGUCCGAGUCUUUAUUUAGCGUAACGAUAACGAAGUAUAUGCCUGUAUGUGCAUGCGUGUGUUGUACACAAGAGUGUCGGUGUCGAUAAGGCGGGAAGGUGUUUGUUUGCAUGUGGGUGUUUGUGUGCGUGUCUCGCUACGGAACGAACAACCAUUGAAGGCCCAACUUCAACCUCGACUCCAUCCCAAAGCCCACCGCUCUAGCUGUGCAGUAAUAUACGAAUGCGAUACCGACUCACAAUCUCUGAAGCUCCGCCGCACCCAAGACAAGAAAAAGGGGGCCUCGAUGUGUUGUGACGCGCCGAGGCGGCAGACAUCACCGCGACCGCUGCUUGGCGGUGUUGCGGCUGCUGUAGAUCCGCCUAGGCCUCCCCGCCAAGCCCCUUGGCUUAGCCUCACUGCGCCAUUAUUGCAUCGUGACACCGUCGUGUCCACACCUGGCCAACGUCAACGAGGAAACGAGUUUUAUUCCCCUUCAUCACGACAACUCAGCCGCCGUAGGGCUGGCCGCUAGUAUCGAUGGCGCUUGCAAGGACGCCAAAGAACGGCUAUCAUUUUUUAUCGCAAAGUCGGCCUAGCUUCGUCGUCUAGGCGGGGGUCGCGAAGACGACUGCUCUCCCGCGAACGUGUGGAACGAAGCCCUUGCCUGUGGCUGUUGACUGGCCAGAGCCGAUGAUGAGUGAU